GGAAGCCCAGCUUGUCAUAAUUUGAUUCUCUGAACGUGUGUUUACAUACUUUAGUUGCCCCAAUGAGGUUGUUAAAUGGGGAGAUUUUGUGAGCGUGCCUUUAUAUUAUAUGAAAAACACGAAUGCAGCUAUAUGUAGGUCGAUAAAUUCUUUUAUUUUGCAUAAACUUGCUAAGAUCGGAAAACCAAGUAUCCGCACAGCAGCUACGUUGACAGCAAGUGGAAUUCAUUCAAUAAGCGGGUUUUUAAAUGUAGUUACAAAUAGACGCUGCGUUAUUUAAGAUCGUAGUUGCCCCAUGCAUUUUAAGUUUGUUUCAAUAUCUUCAUAAAACUUAGGCGCAAUUGUAAUUAUGUCAGAAUUGGAUCCCCUCAUUGUUACCUUCCAGGCUCAGCUCUUAGACGUGAUGGAGAGUGUAUUGAAGACCGCUAUGUAUAAGGUCACACAACUGGUAGAACACGGCUUUUUAGAAGAAGUGAAACGCAGGAACCAGGAGUUGGAGACCCUGAGAAUGAAGUUGGAAUACGCUGAGAUCAGAUUAAAGGAUCAUGGUGAGAUUGAAAGAAAAGCAGAUGGCGCGUUUGUUGAUAUUGAAAGUGAUGACGAUGGCAACACUUCAGAAGAAAGGCUUGUGGAACUGCACAGUGAUGUUUUCAUGUCCUGUGGUGGAAAAAUGAAAAGCGACUCUACUGAAAGAUUGAUCGGCAGCCAACUAUGUGAAAGUGAAUCAGAAGCAGAGGAACCCCCAGCCAUUCUCACCUCAGAAAAGGAGGAAACACAUACAGAAGAACAUGUUGACGUGAUGCUGACUGUCGAUGUGAAGGAAGAAGUCCAUGAAGAAUCUGAUUCACGCAGUGAAAAUAUGAGGCUGGAGGCAUAUGCAGGUGAUGACCAGGAAACCACCAAAAACGAAGUGCUAUCUAAGAAUGGCAUACAGACGGACCUGCAGAUAUCAAAUGUUUGCAACAUUCCUGAACGGCUGGACACCACAGACACAACUAUAGAUCUGCUGGUGAAACCACACACUGGCCGGACAGCCAUCACAUCUCCUCAUCACAGAGUUGGAUCUGACAGGGAGUGUGAUAGAGCCAAACCCAAUUGUCCAAAUCAGCUGGUAGACUCUAUUAUAGAAGAUGGAAGGAGCAGAGAUCAGAUUUGUCCCUCGAAAUCCUCCGCUAUACAAAGGCUCCAAAAUCCCGACUCACUUAGUGUUCCAAUUAAGCAGGAAGUUUUCAUGACCUCAGAUGAUUGUGUUGAGAACCAGCAAGUGAACAAGAAGCCUUCAACAAAGUCAGUUUUCCCAUGUGCAGAAAAGCAAAUUUCAAAAUCUCAUGAAACUCUAAUGCCAGAAGAACUGAUGCUACAUUCUAAAGAUACCACGUCUGAUCGACUGGUGACUCCUAUUAAACACCUCAGCAGCACCUUGAAAAAGCCACCUUACACACUGUCAAACAGCACUUCAAGUUUGCCUAAAACACAAUCGCAGGCUUCAAACUUGGAUCCCAUAAACAGAAAUCCCUCCACAUCAAAGGCUACGCCCCAUACUGCACGUUCAGUCCAGCGAGAUCACAUAGCAAACAAAUUAAAUGCCACUCUGUGGCCUAACAACAAAUCACAAUCAACGUCUGCAAACUCUCAUCAUUCUUAUCUUUUAUCCAAUCCGAAUUGGCAACCUGUUUUCAGGCAUUCCCUGCGCUGUGGCCAGUGUGGGAAAUGUUUCCCUCACCCUAGCAACCUUAAGGCGCACCUGCAAACUCAUACAGGUGAGAGACCUUUCUGCUGCUCUUUGUGUGGUCGCAGCUUCACCAAACUGAGCAACCUCAAAGCCCACUGUAGAGUCCAUACUGGAGAACGACCGUACUGCUGCUUGGCUUGCGGUAAAAGGUUCACGCAGAAAUGUAACCUGAAACGGCAUCAGAGGAUACAUGUUGACUAAUGAUGGACAUACAGCAGUCUUGAAGUUACAGUUUAUGGGUGCAAGAUAUACUUCUAGUUUGUCUUUAAAAGACAGGACAAAAUAUGUUUUUAAAUGUGUAGCAAAAUAUAGACCAAAUACUUGUAACGUGCAUACUCCAAUAUAAUGUAUGUUCUAUAUGGUACAGUUUUCACAAAAUUUAUAAGACCUCCUGUUGUAAAGAGGCUAUUAGUAUCCAUUAUCUAAUAUGAUGUGCUGAAAUGUGGACUUUUUCAGUAGAAACACUGGUGGAUUACCUGGGCCUUCAGUUGGAAUUUACCUGACUUAAUCCAACUUUUGAUGUAAACAUGAUCAUGACACAAUUACCUGUAAUGUGCAAAACGUGUUAAAUCAGGGAUGGGACCAUACUCGCUAGACAGAUUCACUGUAAGAAUCUUACAAAUCUUUCUACCAUUAAAGCUGUUAGACUAUG